GCCAUGACCAACAAGUUCCUCAGCGAUACGGUGUCUGCCUUCCAGCUGGGCCAGACGGUCCUCGCCAAAGUGACCAACCUGGAUGAGGAGAAACGGCGCUUCCUGGUCACGCUGAAGAUGUCAGAGGUCAUCUCUCCGGACGGCGAUGCAGAGACCAGACUCUUCAACGGCGUGCAGGAGAGAAAAGCUGUGUCUGGAAUGUUGGCUAGCAGAGAGAACAGUGAUCUCCACCAGCAGCUGUCUGCUCUGGCUGUGGGGGAGAAGCUGAAGCUGACUGUAGAUACUAGCUCCAAGGAAAGCGGCGCCACAUUUAAGUCUGAUGAUUUGACCAGUGCCACCAUACUGGCCACCAAGCACCAUGUCAUGGGUAUGUGUUUCACCAGGAACUAUUUGAAAU